UUGUGAUAAGUUCAAAAUCUUCAUAACGAUUCCAUUGGACGGACGCAGAUAUUGGCUUUCCAAAUCUUUUUUGGCAGCUCGAUCGGCAUUGCACCACCAUAUAAACCCCUCCCCUCCGCCUCCAGAUUACUCCCACACCUCCCCCUCCUCUCCUGCCGCCCGAAGAAACAAAAUCUAAAGCGCAAUUAGUUGAUGUAAUUUGAGGAGGAGGAGGAGGAGGAAUCAAUAGUUUCUUGAAUUUUGUAGAUAGAUAGGUGCGUGUGGCGAUGAUGCAGCAGGGGGCUAGGAAUGUCGUGAGGAGGUUCAACAGGCUCGCCGCGGCGGCCGAGAAGACGGCGGCCGCGCCGAGAAUGCCGGCGUUCGACCACGUGCCGCUGCCCUACGACGGACCGAGCUCCGCCGAUAUCGCACGGAAGCGCGCCGAGUUCCUCAGCCCGUCCCUGUUCCACUUCUAUUCCAAGCCCCUGAACAUCGUGGAAGGGAAGAUGCAGUACUUGUACGACGAGGGCGGCCGGCGCUACUUGGACGCGUUCGCCGGCAUUGCCACCGUGUGCUGUGGCCACUGCCACCCCGACGUCGUCGACGCGAUAACCGCGCAGGCCAGCCGCCUGCAGCACUCCACCGUGCUCUACCUGAACCACGCCAUCGCCGACUUCGCUGAGGCGCUGGCCUCCAAGCUGCCAGGCGAUCUCAAGGUCGUCUUCUUCACCAACUCCGGCACGGAGGCGAACGAGCUCGCCAUCCUGAUGGCGAAGCUGUACACCGGCUCCCACGACAUCAUAUCGCUCCGGAACUCCUACCACGGCAACGCGUCCGGGACCAUGGGCGCCACCGCGCAGAAGAACUGGAAAUUCAACGUUGUUCAGAGUGGGGUGCACCACGCCGUCAACCCGGACCCCUACAGAGGCAUCUUCGGCGCCGACGCCGAGAAGUACGUGCGAGACUUGCAGGAGAUCAUCGAGUUUGGCACCACCGGCCAGGUCGCUGGCUUCAUAUCUGAAGCCAUCCAGGGUGUCGGUGGAAUCGUGGAGCUCUCGCCGGGGUACCUGCCGUUGGCGUACGAGAAGAUCAGGAAGGCCGGCGGGCUGUGCAUCGCCGACGAGGUCCAAGCGGGGUUCGCGCGCGUCGGCAGCCACUUCUGGGGGUUCGAGACCCACGGCGUCGUCCCGGACAUAGUGACCAUGGCGAAGGGCAUCGGCAACGGCAUCCCGCUGGGCGCAGUGGUGACGACGCCGGAGAUCGCGCAGGUCCUGACCCGGCGCUGCUACUUCAACACGUUCGGCGGCAACCCGUUCUGCACCGCGGGCGGGCUCGCCGUCCUCAAAGUGCUCGAGAAGGAGAGGCUGCAGGAGAAUGCCUUCGUCGUCGGCUCGUACCUCAAGGACCGCCUCCGUGGUCUCCAGGAGAAGCACGAAACAGUCAUCGGCGACGUGAGGGGAACGGGUUUCAUGCUCGGCGUCGAGCUCGUGACCGACCGGCAGCUGAAGACGCCGGCGAAAGAUGAGAUUUGCCACGCCAUGGAACACAUGAAAGAGAUGGGCGUCUUGGUCGGGAAAGGCGGGUUCUACGGGAACGUCUUCAGGAUCACUCCCCCUCUGUGCUUCACCAAGGAAGACGCUGAUUUCUUCGUCGAAGUGAUGGACAUUGCACUUUCGAAGCUCUGAACAAGACAUUGCGAGGGAUGGUGUAUAUAGGGGACCCCUGAGUACAUUUAGCAGCUGCAGUUUACUUGAUGUUAUCUGAAGUAACUGAAUCGCAGUUUAUCUCUUGAGAGAUAAAAAACUACAAUACGUGAUUCCUUGAAAAA